CAGGGGGCGCUGUGCCGGCGGGGCCGUGAGGGGGCUGUGGCGGAGCGCCCGGGCCGGGGUCGCCCCUCAGACCGGCCGGGACCGGAGGCCGCCCCAGGGACAGCGGACGGGGCCCGAGGACUCUGCGUCCUCCUCGCCGCGAGGGAUGAGUGCAGAAAUCCUGUCCGCGAGGAACCACGGCCCACAUUUGGGCUUUGCAUGGUGACGGAGAUGAAGACAAAGCUGAAAGUUGAGCAGACCCUGCACAAAGGACCCCUGGAGAGACAAAGCUUUGUCACCUGAACCUUGUCUAGGAAAAUACAGCAACAACCCUUCACCUUCCUGAAGGGAGCAGCUCCUGUAGCAAGCUGUCUCAGUGCCUUGGACACAGACAAUAAGAGAUUGACCAGAUCCGAGCAGGAUGGCAACAAUCAAGGGUGUCUCAGCUUUCAGUGCUGAGCAAGAAGCACAGGCACUAAGGAAGGCCAUGAAGGGCCUUGGCACAGAUGAAGAUGCCAUCAUUGAGACCUUGACCAAACUGAACAUUUCCCAACGUCAGCAAGUUCUGAUCACCUAUAAAAGCACUAUUGGCAGGGAUUUGAUUGAUGACUUGAAGUCUGAGCUGAGUGGGAAUUUUGAAAGGGUGAUCAUUGGUUUGAUGACUCCUACCACCAUGUAUGACGUGCAUGAACUGAGGAGGGCUCUGAAGGGAGCAGGGACAGAUGAAGGCUGCCUGAUUGAAAUCCUGGCUUCUCGCACCAACGCGGAGAUUCGGCACAUCAAUGAGAACUACAAACUCCAGUACGGCUCCACCCUGGAGGACGACAUUGUCUCUGACACAUCCUCCAAGUUCCGCAGGGUCCUCGUGUCCCUCGCCACGGGUAACAGAGAUGAGGGAACAUUUGUGGAUGAAGCCCUUGCUCAACAAGAUGCUCAGGCCCUGUAUGAAGCUGGGGAGAAGAAAUGGGGAACAGAUGAGGUGGAGUUCCUGUCCAUCCUCUGCACAAGGAACAGGUGCCACCUGCUCAGAGUUUUUGAUGUGUACAGAGUGAUUGCUAAUAAGGACAUCACAGACAGCAUUAAAUCUGAGAUGUCAGGAGACCUUGAGGAUGCUUUGUUAGCUGUGGUAAAGUGCAUGAGGAAUAAACCUGCUUAUUUUGCUGAAAGACUGUACAAAUCCAUGAAGGGCCUGGGCACUGAUGACAGCACACUGAUCCGGGUGAUGGUGUCCCGUGCUGAGAUAGACAUGCUCUACAUCAGGAGGGAGUUCCUGGCCAUGUAUGGAAAAUCACUCCACUCCUUCAUUAAGGGAGACUGCUCAGGGGACUACAGGAAGGUUCUGCUCAGGCUGUGUGGUGGGGAGGAUUAAAGGAGAACCUGCUGGGUGAUGGCAAGCAGCUGAUCAUGGAAUGGUUUAGGUUGGAAAAGACCUUUAAGAUCAUCGAGCCCAAUCAUGAUAAAGAUUUCCUCCUUUUAUUUUUUUUUUCCCAAAUGCCUUAUUAAUUACUCUGAUUACUGACUUAGGUUAGUUCAUGUUCUGGUUAGAUAGUGGUUGACCCUUUUGAUACACUUUUAUGCUUGGAACACCCAUUUGCCUACUAACUGGGCUGGUGAAGCCCAACUUACACAGAAUGCUGUAACCAAAGGUAUAAAAGUUGUUUCCUGA